AUGGAAGACUCCUACAAGGAUAGGACUUCCCUGAUGAAGGGUGCCAAGGACAUUGCCAGAGAGGUGAAGAAACAGACGGUAAAGAAAGUGAAUCAAGCAGUGGAUCGGGCCCAGGAUGAGUACACCCAGAGGUCCUAUAGUCGGUUCCAGGACGAGGAAGAGGAAGAUGACUAUUACCCACCCGGAGAAACCUACAAUGGGGAGGCCAACGAUGAUGAAGGCUCCAGUGAAGCUACUGAGGGUCACGAUGAAGAUGAUGAAAUCUACGAAGGGGAGUAUCAGGGCAUCCCCAGCAUGAACCAAGGGAAAGACAGCAUCGUGUCAGUGGGGCAGCCCAAGGGCGAUGAGUACAAGGACCGCCGGGAGCUGGAGUCCGAGAGGAGAGCUGACGAGGAAGAACUAGCCCAGCAGUAUGAGCUGAUAAUCCAAGAGUGUGGCCACGGCCGCUUUCAGUGGACCCUUUUCUUUGUCCUGGGCAUGGCCCUGAUGGCGGACGGCGUGGAGGUGUUUGUCGUGGGCUUCGUGUUGCCCAGCGCUGAGACAGACCUGUGCAUACCAGACUCCGGAUCCGGGUGGCUGGGCAGCAUAGUGUACCUCGGGAUGAUGGUGGGGGCGUUCUUCUGGGGAGGACUGGCGGACAAAGCGGGAAGGAAGCAGUCUCUUCUGAUCUGCAUGUCUAUCAACGGAUUCUUUGCCUUCCUUUCGUCAUUUGUCCAAGGUUAUGGCUUCUUUCUCUUCUGUCGCUUACUUUCUGGAUUCGGGAUUGGAGGAGCCAUUCCCACCGUGUUCUCCUACUUUGCGGAAGUGCUGGCCCGAGAGAAGCGGGGCGAGCAUCUGAGCUGGCUAUGCAUGUUCUGGAUGAUCGGCGGCAUCUAUGCCUCUGCCAUGGCCUGGGCCAUCAUCCCGCACUAUGGAUGGAGCUUCAGCAUGGGGUCGGCCUACCAGUUCCACAGCUGGCGUGUGUUCGUCAUCGUCUGCGCUCUCCCCUGCGUCUUCUCAGUGGUGGCCCUCACGUUCAUGCCUGAAAGCCCACGGUUCUUGCUGGAGGUUGGAAAACAUGAUGAAGCCUGGAUGAUUCUGAAGUUAAUUCAUGACACAAACAUGAGAGCACGGGGUCAGCCUGAGAAGGUCUUCACGGUAAACAGAAUCAAAACCCCAAGACAAAUAGAUGAGCUGAUUGAAAUUGAGAGUGACACGGGAACAUGGUACAGGAGGUGUUUUGUUCGGAUCCGCACAGAACUGUAUGGAAUUUGGUUGACUUUCAUGCGAUGUUUCACCUACCCAGUCCGGGACAACACCAUAAAGCUCACCAUUGUUUGGUUCACCCUGUCCUUUGGGUACUACGGAUUAUCCGUUUGGUUCCCUGAUGUCAUUAAACACCUGCAGUUGAACGUGUUGAGAAAUAGCCAGAAACUUGUUUCGAAUGUCACUAUUAACUUUACAAUGGCGAAUCAGAUUAAUUCUGGAAUGGAAUACUACAAUGUCAGAUUCCAAGGGAUCAAGCUCAAAUCUGUAACUUUCAAAGAUUCGGAUUUUAAGUCCUGUGUCUUUGAGGAUGUGACUUCAGCUGACAUCUACUUCAAGAACUGCACAUUUAUUAAUUCUUCUUUUAACAACACAGAUUUUGAGCCAUAUAAAUUCAUCGACAGCGAAUUUCAGAACUGCUCAUUUGCUCACAACAAGACAGGAUGCCAGAUUACCUUUGAUGAUGACUAUAGUGCCUACUGGAUUUAUUUUGUCAACUUCCUGGGGACACUGGCCGUGUUGCCAGGGAACAUCGUGUCUGCUCUCCUGAUGGACAGAAUCGGGCGCUUGACGAUGCUAGGUGGCUCCAUGGUGCUCUCGGGGAUCAGCUGUUUCUUCCUUUGGUUUGGCACCAGCCAAUCCAUGAUGAUAGGCAUGCUGUGUCUGUACAACGGAUUGACCAUCUCAGCCUGGAACUCUCUUGAUGUGGUCACCGUGGAACUGUACCCCACAGACCGAAGGGCGACAGGCUUUGGCUUCUUGAAUGCACUAUGCAAAGCAGCGGCCGUCCUUGGAAACUUAAUAUUCGGCUCCCUGGUCAGCAUCACCAAAGCAAUCCCCAUUCUGCUGGCCUCCACUGUGCUCGUGUGUGGAGGACUGGUGGGUUUGCGCCUUCCUGACACACGAACCCAGGUCCUGAUGUAAUGGGAAAAAAGCCAUCCGUCCAGUGUUUCUGUCUCCUGCCCCGUGUCAACGCUCCUGAAUGACUCAAGGCUCCAGAUUUUUCAGAUCGAGGAAGGUGGUCAAAUACCAGAACACGAACUCUUGCUGUGACAAAAAUUCAGCUGUAUACCAUCUUGCUCCUUAAAUGUGAUUUUGCACAGUUUUUUUUUUUCCAUGCAUUGUUGUCUUUCCUAACUAGGAUGCUACUGCCUCCCCAAAAUCAGGGGAAGCAUUUUUCAGAUGUCCCAGUCCACCAGGUCAUCCUGAGAUUCUGCUCGCUGAAAAUAUAGAAGCUAAGAAGAGGACUGGGCUGCUGUAAGAAGCAGAUCCUGCCCCUAACUCAGCAUUCCCAGGGAAGAUAAGCUGGCAUUUUAUUAUUAUUGCGUUUGUGCUGAGGAGAGGGAUUCUUUUUUUUUUUUCAAACAGAGUGAUAUUUCCUGUUUACUUAGAAAAGGACACCCAGCAAUUCUUGCUGUUACAGCAGAGCCUUUCAAAAAAAGCCAUGUGGUACCAAACAGAGCUGGGUGGGGCUCUUUUCAGGCAUGACAAUGAAGGUGACUCUGCUGACAAGAAAAACAGAGGCACUGCCGUUAGCAGCAAAGAUCUGAGUGAGCUGCAGAAGCAAGAUUUCUGCCAGAGAGCCCAGUGAAGCUUCUGAAAAACAGGAGAAAAAGUGAUCGUAAUCGUGUCUGUGAUUGUGGCAUGCGGUUCAGACUGUCAGAAAAGUCAGAGCUCAGAGAGAUCUUCUGCCUCCGUUCGCCCCCGCCCCCGCCCCACUCACAGCUGCCACUGAUCUUGCCAGAUAGCGGAGUCACAGAGGAAAAAAGCCACUUUCUCAAAACAGGGUCUGCCCACCUGAGUCUGCCCUUCAUCCAGACUCUCUAGUCUAAAGAUCGUCAGUCAUCUAAGUUGUUGUAAGUUGCAGAUGAGGAAGAAAUUCACACCUAAAGCCAUGUGUCAAUGUCAAAGGAUACCUCAGGGUUGGGUACCAAUUUCCAGAGGGCUGGUGCCCCCGGGGAAUUGACAUUGGCCUAAUCAGCAUCACCCAAGUGGGUCCCAUUUCGCUAGAUUUUCUCUGGGCUGGGGCGCUGAUCAGCGUGUUCCUGGCUGCCGCCUCUGUGUGAAAUCACAGCCUGCUGUGUUCCGAGGGGCCCCUCCGGCAGACAAGGGCAGCGUCUCCUGGUGGGUUUUGGCUGCUCAUUUUACCUCCGGAAUCUGCCUGGGCCUGAAAGAGAGAGGUCAGCAAGACAUUCCCACGGGCUGUCAGCUAUGUGACCUUCUCACCCCUCGGGGCUGCCCCUCCUCCACGCUGGUCCUUUUUACUCAUCUUCUUUGAAAUCUGAAGCCUCCGUGUAGACUUGCAGUGACGACCAGCCACCAGGAAUAAAUCCCAUAUUAAAACAAUAUUCCUUUUUAAAACUCUUCUGUCUUGUUAAAAGGUUAUCCUUGUUGCUUAUUAUAGGCAUUUCCAACAGGGCAGCCUGGAGGCCUCCAAGAAGGGAGAGCCUUUGUUUCCAGGAGUCAUUACAUUCAAAGAUGUCUUAACCCCAGAGGCCACUCUGCCUCUCUCUCCCCUUCCUAACAUCCCUCUAAAGCUCCAGACUGCAGAGUUCAGACUCUGUGAAAAGCUUCUUUCAUUAACAUAAGCCAUUAAUCGACUCUCCCUUGAUGUAAUUCAGGCCUGUGGAGGGGGGCAGUGGUGUGGGGGGCCGGUAGGAAGAGAGAGGAGAGUUCCCUGGGGAUGUGGGCUUAGGGCCAGAACAUCAGGAAAACUCAAACCAAAAACUGCACAAGUGGCAGGAGGAAGGAAAAUCGAUCAAGAUGAGGCGAGAUCUAUUAGAACCGUCUCAGCAGAGCAGCUAGAGAAACAGAACUCACUCUCACGUCUGCCUCCUGGCAUAUUAUUGGAGGAGAAAGGUAACAGUCAAACAGCCCACGCCAGUACCCUGUACGUUUGUCUUCUUCCAUAUGUAUGUGUCUCCCCACCUACCUACCCCUUGAUUUAUCUUCUUAAAAAAGACCUAUGCGGGGACCUGAGCAAGAUUCUUACUUGAAUGCGGCAGGUGCAGAAAUAACAGCGAAAGUAACAUGUGUGUCUCUGCCGACCUAUUCGAAAGAAAACUGGAAACGUGCACGAAUGUCGCUGUUCUAGUCUCCCCUAACAGUUAACUUUACUUACUGGACUGUUUUUCCUUUUACAAAUGUCUCACAUGUCUGUUAUAGUUCUAAAUGCAUAAAAUACCCAGAGCAGGGUUUACGUAGAGUUUUAUUUGAACCCCGGCUGGGGUCAGAAUAGGAGAAGCCAGCAGAACCCCAAACCCCACUUGAUGAGACCUGCCAUCAGGCAUCCCCUUCAGAGUGACCUUCCUUGACCUUGUCACCUAAUCCAAGCCUCCCGGGUGGCCCAAGAGGGAUCUUUUCUAACCUUCUGGACAGUCUGUGGUCACAAACCUUCUUGGCCACCACCUUUUCUCCCUUUCAUGUGGUUUUCCCUGCCCCCCUCCCACAUUCCUGUCACCUUGAUUUUGUACGAGAGAGCUCAAGUUCUUCCCCAAGUAUGCGGUGUGGCCUGUCGGGCUUGUUCUGGGGUUAGCGCGAUUGAGAUACAGCUGUGAGAUUAGACAGACACUCUCAGUCCCAUCAGUGCAGCAGGCCGUUGGCUCACAGACAUGCAACCAGCAUCUCAUUUCACCUGCAGGUGAAAGAAAAUGAGAGUAGGUGUGCGAAGGAAAGCCUAGGAAACAUCCCACUUGCUCCUCUAUUUCUCCUUUUCUUUCUAAAAUGUCCUUAUAGCCUUUUGAAUCAACCCAGAAUGCUCCUGAAUCCUAUUAUCAUUGCUGGGUCCUCUCAGUAGGGAAAAAACUCAUCUGCUCCAAACUGUAAGUCCUGUACCACAUAACACCCCAAGCAGGGGAUCUUACCCUGCACACGUUUAAUCUUGCCGCCUUGGAAGCCAGAGCCGGCAGCAGGGCUCAUCUUCCACCCAGAGGACUGACCCUGGGGGAUAAGUAGAUGGGUCCAAGCCCAAGCUCCAGCACUAACCAACAGUGAGACCCAGAUCUUGCUGAGGAGAAUGUAGGUCAUUGAACAUCUCUGGUCCUCAGUUUCCGCAUCUAGAGAGUAAAGGGUUGGGACCAGUUUGCUAUUGGGACUAGUUCGAGAUUCUAGAGGAUUUUCAGGAAAGUAGCUUUGUCUUACUCUCUACGGUCUUCUGAUGCUGAGCUCAUCUUUACAAGCACCAAAAGGGUUUAGUUUAGAAACUGAAAAAUUAGGAAAUAGGCAAUCAUACAAGAACUCAGGAAGCUGUUUGGGAAGCCCCUGUGGAAUAGGCGGGAACAUGGUUCCCAUGUUGUUUGUGCUGUCAGCUUCUCAGGGUCCUGAGCCUUAUCUCCAUCCACUGCUGGUCUGACAGUUACCAGUGCCUGUCCAGGAAAGGGCCCCACCCUGCCAGAUGUAGACAGUUAGAAGACACUCUGAUCACAGUACUAUCACAGGGGCUGCAUCCUAGAGCUCUCCUGACUACUCCAUCUUCUUCUUGAAACACGGUCUUAUGUAGGCCUGGGCCUUCAGAAACAGAGUUUUUAAGUGACUUCACCUGAAUUGGCAAAUGCUCCUUCAUUUACCAAUCUCACCAAAUCUAAGUUCAGGUCUGUCCCCAAAACUGCUUAGAUGCUUUUCUGUAUGUCUUGAGAUAUCAAGGGAGAGGCGAGAAAAGAAACGUAGUGACAGAAGGGACAGUCUAAGUUACUGAGAAUGUUCCAGUGAAGGGAUUAGGGCAAGUUGAGACCUUUCUAACCCUGGGAUCAUUUCAAAAGCACUCCGUGGAAAUAGCUUCUGAUUCCCUCUGCCAACCAAAAUAGAAUGUGAUACUCUCCAAUUUUUUUCUGUUGAAUAUCAAAAUGGCCUUUAACUAUUUCUUCAGUAAAGCACCUCACUUGUUUAUGCAUUAAAGGCUCUGAAGUCAGAAGUGUAUGAAUUUGGCCUUCACCUGACAUUGUAAAAAGACAGUUGGUUGAUUGUUAAGGUGCAUGUUGGCUGUAUGUUUGGUUUUCCAUUAACCCCCAUAUCAUGCUGAACUUAGUCCAGAUAUCAAACCUACAGAAACACCAGUCAGAUUGCAACAAUAAAGAGAAAGCUACACCACAGGGCACUCUGAAAUGGACUAUAUAUACAUUUUUUAUACUUUGGUUUCUGCCAAGCAAAGUGUGUUUUGAGAAACGCUUCUCUUGGAAUCUGUGUAACAUGGACAAAAUCGUAUCUUCUAGGUGUAUCGUGUGUCCACUGUUUCAGAUAUGGAGUGACAGUUCUCCAUAUGAUGUUCUUUUGCUCUGAAUCUUGACCAUUCCUCAAUCAAUACAAUGUAAAUAGUGUCUCACCAACCAGACACAACCAUUGGCAGGGCUGACUUCGGUCUUUCUCAAACAAGAGCUCAAUCCAGUUUAGUAAUCCCAGGACUGCGAGUUACAAGGAGAUAGUUCGUGGGCCUUAGUUUCAGGCUAGCAGCUCUGGGUCGGGAAGGAGCUGGGCAGAACAUUCCCUGACCUCUUGUCAUCUCGUGUGAUUACUCUAUUUAUUGAGCAACUGGCACGUGCUAGGUGGAGGUGCUGUGCUGUGCGCAGGUGGUUAGCCCUUGGUGGGACUUGAAUAAGGGCAGGGAAACGGGGAUGAAGGAGAAGCACCUGUAAUUGGGGGUCUCAUAUCGACUCCCUCCCCAUAACACAGCAUUGUUUUUCCAUAUUUGAAAGAAGUAAUAACCUACCGUGGACACUGCAGGAACUACUCAAGCUGGGAGUGUCUCUGACAGGAGGAGAAAGGCCCUCCGUUCCUUGGCCUUUGUUGAAAGAACUCCUAUCUAGUUUGUACUUGGAAAAGGAGAAAAAUGGAGCUGUCCAAGAGCCACGUCUUUAAAUGUCCUGGCAGGAAACCACGCUAAGGUAUUAUUCAAGGAAAAGAACCAUCAGCAAAGCUAGCCCCAACUUUGUAGAGGUGUUCAUUGUUAAAGUGCUUCUGGGGCAUCUUUUCAUGGCCUGAAACUGGAGGUGGGGGCUGGGAAGUGUGUUCCAGAGCCAGCAGUGCUGGGACUUUCUCUCCAGAGCAGAGUCAGCAAAUCCUGCCAUGUCCCUGGCCUCAGCUUCCGAGGGGGUUUCCUUUCUGACUUUGAAGGCUUGUGACAAAGUCAGUGGUCUACAGAUAACCUACAGUGGCUUUUCCCCUCCCUCCUUUCAGCAGAUAAGCCACCCGGAGAACAAGUUCUGACCAUCAGUAGCGAUUUUCAGAUUUCUGUUUAAAACCAGUGCUUGGUGUUGAAAAGUGUCCCGAAGCUGCAAAGGACCUUCAGGGUCUGGGGCCUGAGAGGGCAGAGCAGAGAGAGGGUGGUUGUCAGUGGCCCCUACUCUCCCCUCCCAGAGUCCCAAUUUCCUUUGUCACCCACUAGCUUUCUCGUCCUUACCUCCUCCAGUCAGGGCACACUAACUUCCUUUCUCUCCCUUCUGUUCCUCCCCCUUUCCUCCGUCACCUCUUGACUCCAGCUGUGUUGGAGAGCGAGGCCAGGCUUUACCGGGGCCCUUCGGACUAAGGGCUGUGCCGCCCCGUACGUGCUGCGGAGGCCCAGGGGAUGGAGAAAGGGGAGAGCAGGACUCGGUGCAGGGCUGUGAGCUCUAGACUUGGCUUUGACGCAGCUCCCUGGGCUGGGCAAGCUUUCCAACUGCUUCCCAACUCCUGCGCCUGAUGGGAUGGGCACUACUGGCCUGAGAUCUGAAGGAGGCCCAUGUCUGGGGCAGAAGUCUUAGAGCUCGACGCCUGACUCCUGAAAUGGAGGACGCUUGCAGCGAGGUCUCCAGAAUUAGUUGACCUGGGGGAGGUAGCCACAGCUCUCCAUGCCUGCGAUGGUCCUACUUGGUGCUGAGGGCUGGGUGCUCCACUCAGAUUUCAAUGCUGAAAUUGCAGAGGUCGUCCCCUCUCUGCCCACCCCACCACCCUGGUGCUCCCUUCAAGCCAAGGGGGCCCAGAACCAGGAGGAGGAGAAAGCAGCCCUCAGCCCUCUGUUCAGACUCAGACAGGGGUUGACACUGAGCUAGUGCCUCGGCUAGAAGCUGGGGUGCUGAGUCCUAAGCAGCUUGCAGGUGCCCGGAGUGUCUGCUCAUGGGGGCCAAGUCAUCGAAAGCCUGUGGUGUGCAGGAGCAGGCACAGAUCAGUUCCUCAGAGCCCUUUGUUUCAGGAAUUUUGUGAGCCAGUUGAGAAACAGCCAUUAUUAAAAAUUAAACUAUGUAAACUUACAAUUAAAUGAUAUUUAAAAACAAAGGUAAUAAGCAUUCAAAACUUUCUAAUUAUUUUACUGCAUUUACUGCAUAGCUAUGUCCUUGAGGUAGUCUACACCUAUUGUGUCUGCCUGGUAGAAAUACUGUGUGAUGCUGGGCUACUGAACACGUCUUUCCAGCUGCAGGCUCAGUGACGUCACCCUGGUAGCUUGAAAUUGGCCAUGGUGGGAGUAUGUACUCCAUGGAUAGUGACAAAGGCUAGAAAUCAGACUCCUCCCCCUGGACAGUGGUUUGCCUGCACACCACCACCUGAAGUCCUGGCCAGUGCGUGGCCCCCCACCGCACAGCCCCAGGUCACGCCAGGUCGAGUCCUGUGGGUUUGGUUUGGAGGCCAGCACUGUCCACAAAUGCAAGGAAAAGACUUAGCAAGUCCAGACUCGUGUCGGUUCACAAAGGGUUUCUUCCUGUAUUUGUUCCGAUUCAGAGUGAGACCCGCAGUGCAGAGAGUCCACCACUCUCUAUGUGUAUUGUUCCUUCGGGGAGGAUGUACAGCAAAUUGGCUAUUUUACGCUGUGCAAACAAAAAUAAAUUUGUUUGAAGUUACAGUAUUUCCCCCCUCAUACCCAAGCAGGCAUUGAAGAAGGAAACUCCUUGCUUUUGACAUUCACCAGGCCUGCCUGGAUAGAACUGGACAGAUUGCCUUCAUCUCAUUUCCUCUGUUAUUGUUAUCCAUUAAUUGUACUGAAUCUAUGUCCUAAAUCAAACAGGAAAAAAAAAAAGAAUUGUUCUUUUUGAUGAGUGCUUUCACAGCAACCAAAAUGCGGUUAUGUUUCCUUGUCCUGAAGCAGGAACAUAUUGAACAGACCGUAUGUCCUUCACUAAUGUCUGGAUACUGUAAAUAAAAUCCUAGGAGCGUUUUUCUUUCAAGUGAACCUCCAUUUUGGACACACGCUAAACGAACCAUCCACUCUCCUUUGCAAUGAGACCUUGGCAGUGGUCCUCUCCUUGAUUUUGGUGUCUGGGUGUUUCAUUUUGUCUCUUUUCUUUUCUGUUUUUACUGCUCUGUAAGCCCUUCCGCUAUGAAUGUUCCCAUUACCCUAAGUGUACUGUAUAUAUGUGCUGCAUGUGUGAACCCCAAUAGAUUCUGUUUCAGGUUUCUGGAGUUUUCAUCUUCAGUACAGCUGGUCCUGUUGUGAACUCAUCUUUCUGGUAUGCUCCUCUGUGUCAUUUUCCUGCCGUAUUGCCAAAAUGUUUGACCAAGUGUGUUUUAACAAAUGCCCGAGACGGCCAUGCAUAUCCUUGUGUGAGGGCAUGCUUCGUGUGGGAUGACUCGUGCGCAGCGUAAAUCUCUCAACUGUGGAAGUGUGUGUACAUUUGUGUGCCAGGCACCUAACAUUCAUGUAACAGCUGCAAAGAUAUUUAACGGACAUCAGAGUAAUAAAAGAGCAUUUUUUGCUCCAUUAUAUUCAAAUAAAGAUUGCUGUGUGACUGACUUCCCUUCCAAGCAUGAAUUGACCCUUAAAAAAAUAAGUACUGUUUUUGACGUUCUUGGGCAUAAAGAAAACCUGUUUCCCUUGA